AUGGCUCCGACAAGUCCUCCCGACAGUGGAGUUGGGCUCGGUUACGGCAUCGCCAUCGCCGUAAGCAUCCUGGUUCUCAUCUCCGCUAUAAUGCUAGCUUCAUACAUCUGCAUAAGGUCAAAAUCAGCUGGAAGAGAGGAAGCCACGAGUGACGGAGUUGCUGAGUCGCCGGCGGCUGAGGUAAAGCUCGGGCUGGACCGGCCAGUGAUAGAAUCAUAUCCAAGGAUAGUGCUCGGAGAUAGCUUGAGAUUGCCUAGGCCCAACAACGGCCCAUGUUCGAUAUGCUUGUGUGAUUACGAAGCUAGAGAUCCGGUUCGGUGUAUACCGGAAUGUAAUCACUGUUUCCACACUGAUUGUGUUGAUGAGUGGCUCCGGACGAGUGCAACGUGUCCUCUUUGUAGGAACUCACCGGCUCCGUCUAGGAUAGCCACACCCUUGUCCGAUUUCGUCCCACUCGCCUUUCAAAUCAGGUGA